AUGGGUUCACGGUUGGUCUGGCUUCCGGAACGUGUGUUCACUACGAUGCUAGAUCUUAGAUGGCGCCAAACUGUUGGUACAGUUUCCGGUAUGUCAAUAUCUAUCUGGGAUGUUAAACUUGGAAGAAGAGACGCCAAGACAGCCAGCUUUUUGGAUGCUAAUACUGGGAAAUUGCCUCCUGCUUCUAACCUUAGCAUCCUAAUCUCUAGAUUCCAAGCUAAAGGUCUCUCUACCACGGACAUGGUUGCCUUAUCUGGAGGCCACACAAUUGGGCAAUCGCGGUGUUUAGCUUUUAGAGAUCGCAUAUAUAACGAUACCAAUAUUGAUUUUGCAUUUGCCAAGACGAGGCGGGAUCAAUGUCCAAGGAAAACUGGUGGCCGCAAGAAUCGUGCGCCUCUAGACCUCCAAACCCCGAAUACUUUUGACAACAACUACUUCAAGAACCUCAUCAACAAAAAGGGCCUUUUUCACUCUGAUCAAGAAUUGUAUAAUGGCGGACCCACUGAUUCACUUGUUAAAACCUACAGCAACAAUGCUAAGACCUUCUAUGAUGACUUUGCCGCGGCGAUGAUCAAAAUGGGAGACAUAGAGCCCCUUACUGGAUCAAGUGGUGAGAUUAGGAAGAAUUGUAGGAAAAAUUGGUUGGUCUAA